AUGGAAUUUCCGUUGGCAGAAAGCGAUUGUGGUUCGUUCGAUAACCUUAAAAGAGUGGAGCUGGAUGGAGUCGGGGCUAUUUCAGAAAGCUCUGCAUUUGGAUCGUGUUUUUACAAACGAAUGUCCGCAGUACCCGAACUCAUAAAUAUAGACGCCAGGUACAGUGUGUCGCGCAGCACCAUUGUAGGGCCUGUUGUUCUGACCCUUGAGAAUAUGGUUGUAGACAUUAAAGGUCUACUCCCAGUACUUCGGUCACCCACGUGUCAACUGUGA